GGCUGUCAGCGCGCGUCAAUCGAGCGGCGUCACAGGAAGUAGUCCCCGGGCGGAGAGUGACGGUUGGUGCGGUCAUGUCGGCGAGGUUGAAAAACGGCUGAUCGUUUCCCCCCCUCCCCAAAAAAAACACAACUGCCGGUCGGUGAUGUCUCCUCGGAGAUGAGGGUGCUUCAGUAAACACACAUUUCCAUGCCAAUAUGACAACAGCUUCCACGUCCAAGCCGUAUACAUCCGAAAGCCCAUGCAGUGUUUCAGCAGAGAAGCUUGGCCAGAUAAGGCCAAAGACACCUCUGCUGAACAUCCUGCAUGAAGCAGGUGCAUCAGGAGAACACUUCACAUUGAAGGAGAUAAUGCAUUAUCUUGGUCAGUAUAUAAUGUUAAAGCAACUCUAUGACCAACAGCAACAGCACAUUGUACAUUGUGGAAACGAUGCUCUCGGUAAAGUAUUUGGAGUCCAGAGCUUCUCUGUUAAAGAUCCAAGCCACUUGUAUGGAAUGCUUUCGCGGAACCUGAGAACUGCCAAUUUUCAAGAUGCUGCACAGACUGGCACACUUGUAAAGGAUACGAAAUGCCUGCCUAUGAGGGAAGAUCGUCUGAAGUGCCCUGCAUCAGGGGAACUUAGUGAAGAAGAAAUAACUGCCUGGAAGCUCCCAACUUCAGCUACCUCACAUUUAAAAAGAAAGAACUCUGAAUCAGAUGAGUCUGUGACGGAUGAUCAAUCCGAAUGUCAAGCCAAAGAUAGUAUUUCUGGUCUUUGGGAUGCUGCUGCACUGCCGUGGUGGUUUAUUACAAGUUUGCGUUCAAACUAUGGGAGUCGAAAGAGUGGAUCAACUGAUAUCUGCAGCAACCAGGAUAUAGACACUGCCAUUGUUUCUGACUCGACUGAUGAUCUGUGGUUUCUAAAUGAACCUGCCAGUGAUGAAGUAAAUGUGGAGAUCAAAUUUGAGACAGUAGAAACAAAAGAAAAAGAUCCUCAUGAGAACCAGAAAGGAGAGGAGGAAAAAAAUACAGAAUGCAAGGAGGCCUAUUCCUCCCUUCAGGUUACAAUCUAUGAAGCUGAUGAUGACCUGCCAUGCUCAGGGGAUGCUACCGACACAGAAAUCUCGGACGCGUUUGAGAACUCUGAUGGUUUAAAGGACUCCUGGAAAUGUACCAACUGUGGAAAAUGUAAUCCUUCUCAGAAGCAAUAUUGUCUGCGGUGCUGGGCACUUCGUAAAGGCUGGUAUCUCAAUCCCAAGUUUGUACAUUCAACAUCCGACCCAUUAAUUACUGGCUUUGAGGCUACAGAGGAGGCUGAAGACAUUGAUGUUCCUGACUGCAGAAAGUCUGUUUCUGACCCUCUGAUUCAGUCUGAACAGCUCCAAUGUAAUAAGAAAGGAAAACAUACCCAACAUGGCUCUUCAGAAUCCUUAGAUAGACUUUCGCAGCCAUCCACAUCAAGUAUCAACUUAAGCAAUAAAGAGGAACUUCAGUCUGAGGGUAGAGGAACAAAAACUCAGCGUGAAGACUCCUCACAUUUUUGGAGGAACUGCUUGGGACCCUGUCUUGUCUGUGGUGUACGCCCCAGGACUGGGAAUAUUAUCCAUGGAAAGACGGGACAUCUCGUAGCAUGCUAUGCAUGUGCUAAAAUGUUACAUAAGCGUAAACUGCCUUGUCCUGUGUGUGUGCAGCCAAUUAAUACAGUUAUAAGAACUUUUAUAGGAUAGCUACAUGCCGUGUUGUCAAGUGAAAUGAAAAAUUAUCUUGUUUAUGGUGUUCCAUUUGAGCUUUUCCAAUUGCCUUUGCAAAAUAGGUAAUGGGUAAAGAACAGAAUACCAGAGAAGAGGCAGGAGUAUGGAGAAAUGGUGUUCUUACAUUGUUGUUUCCAAUGUGACACAAACUAAUGUUAGUUUGGUUAAUACUGUAUAAUACUGAACUAAUUAGGUAAAUUACGUGUUCACAAUAAGUGCCGUACACCCUAAUGUAGCCAGUAUGUUUGGAUUGUAUUGUGAUAAAUUUGUCAGCAGCGGUAUUUUUGAGUGUUGGAAUGCUCUAGAUUCUAUUCUGUAUAACAUUGGGUUUUAUCAUAAUAUUUAUUUUGGUUUUUCAACAAUUUUGUGUACUUCUUUGAAAAGCAAUGGUACUGAAUCUAUUAUCUUUUAUAAUUGUCUAAGUCAUUAUAUUUAUCAAUGAAACUUUGAAGCUGACCAGUGUACUUUUAAAAUUGGGCCAUAUUCUGCAAUUGCCCUCAUUGCAAGUUGGAUCAAAAACAGCUCGCUGUGUCUCAGCCUCCAAAUUGCAGAGUUCUGGUUUCAAAUACUUUUGAGCUGUAAAUGCUCUGAAACAUUCUGUGGUUGUGAUAUGUAAUUCCACAGUUUUUCUUCGCUAACAUCUUCUGCUGUAGUCACGAGAGAUACAAUUAUCUGCAGUCAUCUUGAUUGCCAGUUGGUGCCAUCUAGAAUUUGAAAUGCUAUGCUGUUUUUUGGCGUAUAAACAACACUAAUCUAGUAACCAUUUUAUUUUGCCAUUGAUUCUACCCUUAUUUAGGAAUUGGUGCCCAGGCAAUUGAGGAAUGAAGAAAUUGCCCAUAACCCAUUGCUUUUAAUGUAAUAUUUCUAUCUGCUUAUCUUUUUCUCUCUUGAUUCCACUAUUCCAAGCCACAGUGAUGGGUCCCUGUGCAUAGACCCAUUCAUUUUGGCUGCAAAUGCUUUUUUUAAAUCUAUGCAACUCUAGUUCGGAAAGACAGAAUUUAAAGUUUUUGUGCUAUUUUUGAGAUAUAUACUUCACAUGGAAUCUGGUGAUGCUGGCUUUUGUGACUUAUUGUAACAGUGUUAAAGCUAAUAUUUCUUCUGACCUCACAACAUAUAUAUUGGGUGUGUAAACUGGCAUUUUAGUUCUUGAGUUCUGGAGUAGAAUGGUUUGAGAAAAUUGAACUAUUGUUCUCGUACAGUGGCAAGUACUACUGCAUUAAUGUUUCCAUGUGAAGUCUCUAGCAAAUAUUGUUUAGUUUUCAAGUUGAUUGAGCACUUUGGUUUGGUGUUAAAUAUUCUUUUUAUAUUUUUGACAAUUUUUGUGUUUUCGAUUGAGGUAGCUACUGUUUUCUGUCAUCUGAGUGUCUUGUGUGAGAAUUUAUACUAAGCUGCAACUAAUGUGCAAUAAUUCAGUACUAGCAGAGAAUAGAUAUUGCUUCAAUAAAUAGAUAAUCUGCUGGUUUGAUGUUUCUCAUUUAAUGAGAUGCUUUGUGGGUACGUUCAAAAUUUAACAAAUUAUGUAAAUUUCUGUUGAACUAAAACUUGCAGCAUUUAAAACCUUAAGCAUGAAAAAAUCAAAAACAAAAUUUUUGAUUUACAUUAUUGUUCUGAGGGACAGUUUACCAUCUUAUUCUUGUAAUUAAUCACAACUGAAAUUGAUUACAGACAUGUCUGCUGACUCAUUUGCAUGUACCCGCUCAAAGAUAUUACCUGGCUUUGAUUUGGAGCUACCUUUUUAUGAUUUUUAUUAAUUCUUGCUAUUUAGGCAGCACUGGCUAGGCUAGUAAUUACUGCCCAUCCUAACUGCCCUUCAGAAGAUGGUGAAAUGCCACAUGAGCUAUUACAGUUCCAGGGGUGUACAUGCACCCACAAUGCCAUUAGGAAAGGAAUUCCAGGAUUUUGACCAAGUGAAGAAGAAAUAGUGAUAUAGUUCCAAGUCAGGUUGAUGUGUGGCUUGGAGGAGAACAUGCAGGCAGUGUUAUUCUUGUGUGUCUUGUCCUCCUAUGGGAUAGAGGUCACAAGUUUGGAAGAUGAUUUCUACGGAGCCUUGAUAAUUUGAGGCAUUUUGUUAAUGAUACACACUGCUGCCAUUGUGCACCAUUAGAGGGAAUGAAUUUUGAGGAAGUUAGAUGGGGAACCAAGUCCUUUGGUGUUGAGCUCCUUGAAUAUUGUUGGAGCUGCGCUCAUGCCUCAUGUUUGGCAUGUAGAUGUAUAAUAUGAGGAGUCAGGAGUUGAAUUGCUGGCGUCCGAAUUCCAACAUCUGAUCUAAUUUUGUAUCCAGAGUACGUACUUCGCUGGUUCAGUUCAUUUUCUCUGUGCAGGAUGGAAAGAUGCACAAAAUAGGUGACUUAGUAUACUCCAUUGCUUUUUAUGGCUUUUGCUGGUUUAGGCACUAUAUGCGCAGAAUAAUGGGUGGCAAAGUUAGUUAUUGCUUAAAAAAAGGAUGGCUAGCUGGUCUGUUUGCUUCUAUGUCAGUGUUUCAGCUUUUUAAAACAAAAAGCUAAAAAUAGCACAGCAGCAGUUUAUAGUCCAAAAGGUUUGUUUGGAAAUACAAGCUUUUGGGGCAGUGCUGUUUUGUCAAUUAGCUGAUGAAGGAACAAUGCUCCAAACGCUUGUACUUCCAAAUAACCCUGUUGGACUAUUACCUGGUGAUGAGAGAUUUUUUAACUUUCUCUGCCCCAGUCUAACACCAGCACCCCUCCACAUCUUUAAAAAUAAAAAUGAACAUUGGUUCAAAAUGAUAUAAUCAAAUAUCUCAAUACUUUUGAGGAAAGAGAUAAAACUGACACUUUGUUUUCCUGGUGACUGAAAUUCUAAUGUCCAAAGUUUGGUGUAAAAUCAGGUUUCAUGUGAGAAUUAUUCAAGUUGCUUUUUAAAAACACAAGUGGAAAUUGGCUGCCAAUCUGCUCCAAUUGACCAGUUAUCAUGUCGGACUGAAGAGGUUGCACUCAUAACCAGCUGCCUGAUUAGUGAAUUGCAUUAGCUUUAAACCCAACCCCACAUGCCACUGCUCCAUGUUAAAAAUCAGCAUUUGGGUUCCAAACGCCUUUUAAUAUUGAAUCUAUUGACUACAUAGGCCUUUUAACAUUUGAACCUAUUGACUAUUAUACUACAGUCUUGACUAUUGUCUAAAUGGUUAUUGAGCAUUAUAUUUUACUAUUUAGGACAUGUGUAUUUGUAAUACCAAGCUCCACUGUUUACUUAGACAGCUUCCCUAUGUGCCCUUGGAGGAAUCCACCAAAGGGCCUAUCGGUGCUCAGUUCCAGCUCAUUGAGUAGACCCCACUUAACUCUUUCGUUAAGGUUAAGAAUGACAUCCUAAGUGAUUUGUAGUGUGUCUUGUUCAUCCAUCACCCAGUACUGUUGGUCAUAAAAAAUCUUAAUUUAAAAACUUAUCCUUGUUUUAAAUCCGAUCAUGGCCUUGCUUCUCCCCAUGUCAGUAAUCAUCUUCAGCUUCAACGACCUUUUGAGAGAGACGUUCUCACCUAUUUCUGCCGUACUUCGUAUCCCUGAGUUUAAUUGCCCUGGCUCAGCUCCUAGUGCCUCCAGCUCUAAAAUGCUCUUAUUACACCUCUCACUUUUCUCCUUUUAGACACUACUUAAACCUGUGACUAAACGUCUGGUUACUUAUUUCGUAAUGAAUAUACAAAUUUGAAAUCUGAGUAGACUGCUUAUGCCAUUCCACCAUUUGUUAAGAUCAUGGUAGACCUGAUAACUUCAAAUGCCCACCUCUCCCCAAUAACCUUUUUACCCCUUGUCUAGAAUCCAUCUAUGCCUUAAAAAGAUUGAAGUACUCUGUUCGCACUGAUUUUUGAGAUGGCGUUCCAAAAUCUCAUGGCCAGCUGAGGGGAAAAAAAAUCUCCUUCCUCUCUAUCUUAAAUGAGCAACUGCAUUCAUCCUGUCAAGACUCCUCUAGAUCUUGUACAUUUCAAUCAAGUCAUAUCUUCCUCAUCUAAACUCCAGUGAAGAUGAGCCAAAACCUUUCCAGUUUUCCUCAAAUUGGUGUACUCAUUUCAGUUAUCAAUCUAGUGAACUUGUUCUGAAUUGCUUCCAAUGCAUUUGUGACCAUCCUUUAAAUAAGGAAAUCAAUACUAGACAGUAUACUCAGUUUCACGUCAGUACUCGUAUGCUUUUACAUUUGAUUUCCCUCGCAACAAGUGGUAAUAUUCUAUUUGACUUUUCCAUUUCUUGUGCUUUUUUAAAGAUUUUAUAGUCUAUUCACCAUCUCUUUGCCAGUUUGUCUAGCAUACAUUACUUCCUUGAACAUUAUUUCCCUUUCACAAAACAAAUUGACUAUCUGAUUUAA